GGAGGUGAAGGGCGCUCUCUUGGGGCCGUGUGCACCGUCAUCACCCCGCGCCCACCGAUGGCUACACCGAGGACAACAUGCGCCUUGUACACGUGGGGCGCAAACAGUUUUGGGCAGUUGGGGCAAGGCCAUGCUGAAGAUCAGGCGGAGCCGCAGUGUGUGGAUGACGGACAGGAACGGCAAAGGCUCCGGGCUAUUACCGGAGGGGGCGGUCAUUCAGCGCUCAUCACUGAGACUGGAGAGCUGCUGGUAUGUGGACAAAAUCACAAAGGACAGCUAGGACUUGGCCACAUCUCAGAUGUUACAAACUUUCAGCAUUGCCCUUUGCCUGGCAAUCAGACUGUUCAGCAAGUGUCUUGUGGCUGGGACUUCACCAUCCUUCUUACAGAUAAUGGUCAUGUGUUGGCGUGUGGUUCCAAUGCUUUUGGACAGCUGGGCGUCUCAGCAGAGAUAAAACACACAGCGGAGCCUCUGCUGAUCAAGUCUUUGAGUGAGCCCGUCAUCAGUGUAGCAACUGGGCUUAGACAUGCACUUGCAGUAACAGGUUCAGGUGGUGUGCAUCAGUGGGGUACAGGUCUGUCUGCUCAAGCAAAACGUGCACUGAAUCCACAACCUGUUCCUGUCCACCUCGCCUGCAAGGAGCCCCAUUUGGUUCCAGGACUGGACCAGGUAACCUGCCAGAAAGUGGUUGCAGGCUCUGCCCAUUCUGCCUGUUUGACAGUGGCUGGUGAUAUAUUCCUAUGGGGCAGUAAUAAAUAUGGCCAGUUGUGCAACAAAGAGUCCUUCCUGCCUCUUCCUACUGCUUUAGAUGGCUCACUUCUAAAAGGGGAGAGAGUAUGUGCUAUACACAGUGGCUGGACACACCUGAUUGCCCAAACAGAGACUGGGAGAGUCUUUACUUGGGGCAGAGCCAGUUAUGGACAACUUGGCAGAAGAGGACAAACCAAUGAUGUUACAAGUCCAGAGUCAGAUGCCUCCUUGGCAGACUCUAGCAGUGAGAUAAGCUUGCCUUCAGAGGUCAAGACACUUAAUGGAGCCACUCAGAUUGCAUGUGGAUCAGAACACAACCUUGCUGUUGUUGGAAAUCAAGUCUUUUCCUGGGGCUGGAAUGAGCAUGGAAUGUGUGGCCAUGGCUCAUUUUGUGACAUCACACAACCACAGCCAAUCCCUGCUCUCAAAGAUGUCCGAACUCUUCUGAUUGGCUGUGGAGCAGGACAUUCCAUGGCACUGUGUUGUUUGAAGAGCGGUGGAGAGUCUGGAAGCUGAAAAGUCUUCUUAAAGUUCCUAGUUGUCAGCUGUGGGCGUAAGGGGUACAAAACUGUUGGAAGUUGACACACAGAUGAGUGAGGGUCUAACUAAAGCCUGUGUUCUGUUAAAUCUCACUGUGAUGGGCUGGGCAGGACAGGGGUAGCACUGGAUUACUUUUCCUGUCCACAGGAGCUUCCCUUAAACAGACCUUUCUGUUACCAUAGGUUUAUUGAAAAGGUCAUUUGGUGACAGUCAGGAAACACUAUAUGCCUAAACACAAAUGCUGCCAUGUAUUUUACUUGAUUUUAAUUCAAAUUAAAAUGAGUUAGGUCACAGUUCUAUAUGCAAUACAAAGUUACAAAUCUUUUAUUUAACAUUUGCACGAUAACUUCAUAUCAUCAAUGUCUAAUGAAUGUGUCGUGUGAAAUUAUAACCUGCUACCUAAGCAACUGGGUAAUGAAGCCAAGUUUCAUCUGAUAUCACUGUAGCUGCCACAGAGAGUUAUUAAACGAUUCAUAUUUGUUCACAUCCCAUUAAUAAAAACGUCAGUGCUGUUAUUCUUUGUGAUUCUUUAUAGUUCUUUUUUCAUGACGGUUAUUUUCGAUUUUAGACAUCUCAAAGUUUUGAACACAUCAUAGCUGUGAACAGAACAGAAAAGAGAGGUGCAUUCUGCCAUCCAGUUUUUGAAUUAUUUUACCCAUGACAGCCAAAUACACACUUUGGUAUGUAGAUGUACGACACAUCAGGUGUCAUUAUUCCAUACAUACUGUUAAAAUGGUAAUUAACUCUUAGUCGCCGUUCUAGUUGUCUGUAUUCUCUGAAUCUCAUUAAACAUGUCCUCUACUCUGAAGUUGAGGUUGACAGUAGAUUCGGUGGAAUCUUUAAUGACUUUGAAAUGUUAAUUUCAUGACAGUCCCAUCUAAUGAACCCUACUUCCUUUUAAUGUUCUUCAGAUUCUUCAAAUUAAAAGGUUCUAGCUUCAGGUUGCAUGGCAGGUUUAUUAAGCGUAUUAACAUUUACUGAAGGGCAGAAUUCUUAAGGAUACAUGGCACCUACCUAAGCCUUUAAUGACAACUGCUGGACAUUCAUCCAAGAAGCAUCAUUUAUAAAGGUAACUUUUGUCAAUUUUCAUGUCACUUCACUUUGGAAAUUGUAACAACAACUGCCACUUGUUGGAAUAAACUAUUUAUUCAAAUUUGUCAGUUGCCAUGAAAGGCUUCUUUAGGUGUUGUGUAACCUUAUGAAUGCCACUCCAGCACAGUGCUACCAUCAACUCAUAUUAACUUACUAGCACAUGACCAAAUUCAUAAGUAAGCGCAUUACUAUUACAUAAAUGCAUAUUCCCAAACAGUGGGUAAUAUAAAUUGCACAUAUAACAGUGUUUAAUUUUGUUAAUGAACAACAGUUGGAUGAUAUUCCUUUUUUUCCCUGUUCAUAAACCUUAAUCUAAAAGUAUUUCUCAAAGUUUCAGUCAACUUUGCUUUCAUCUGAAGAACACAAUAAGCACAAAAAAACAUGCUUGGUCAUUUUUUUUUUAUUAUCAUUCAGUUUUUCAUUGUUGUUUUUUUUUUCUUCAGAAAAAAGACACAAAAUUGAUUUAACAAAUCAAACCAUCAAUGAAAACAACAUCUUGUUUAGGCUAAAUAACCACACUAUGCACUGCACGGUGCAUGAAACAUACACGGGACUUCUCACGGAACAGCACAAACAGUGGAGAUGCCUGUGUUACUUCAGUGACAGGAUGUCAAACCCCAAACUGGCAAAUUGUUAAAAAUGUAGCUGAUUAGUUUUUUUUUUCUUUUCUUCAACCAGUCAACAAAUUCACAACUGGACAUUGAUGAGCUGCCAUUUCAACUAAAACUUCAACAUCAGUUUUAGAUAAUGUGGUUGACUUUAGGUUGCUUCAUACCAACAACAACAACAAAAAAACAGCAUGACGCUGCCCUGGUUUUUGUUCUGAAAUGUUUUGUUGUCAUCGUUGGUUGUCAGUCAGAGUUGUGCUCUCGUGGUGUUGGGUGAAUGAACAGUCCAGCAUAUUGUUAGUGAAGGGUCAGACAUAGACAUCCCCAAAGAUAUGACUGGCAGUGUUCUAGGUUGGUCCCAAAGAAUUGGGCAUACUGUACAUUUUCACAACAAUGGAAAAUAAAUAUUAAAUCAACUUGA